AUGUGCUUUUGGCCACCUUUCCAAAACGAUGCUCGCAUCGAUAGGGCGUGCAGAAAAAAGGAGCUUCCAGGAGACGACUGGCUCAAGUUUGAUAUCCGCAUCCUGGAAACAUGUGACCAGUACCUUAAAGUCAGGCAAGCUUUGCAGAGGGCACUGACCUGCUCCACAUCUGACCUUCAGUCAGACGAGGAGCCUUCUGGACCAAGUAAGCGGAAGCGUAAAGCAAUUCACCAUUUUGGAGACAGUGGCUCAGAGAGCGCUGAGCCAGAGCCAACAAAAGAGAGAAGAAAAGCUCCAUUUAUUCCACCACGACCAACAACACAAACACCAAUGGCCAAAGAACACACUCCUACUUCCCCUUUGAAUUUGACCAUUUUAAAAGCUACACAGAUCCAAAUACUGGGCCUUCUCGAAACGAUAAAGCUCCAGCAAGAGUAG